ACGGAUCGGGUGUUUUUAACAUUGACUGUGGUCAUCAUGUGUAUUUUCGAUAGUCAUAUUAUUUUUUAAACCUUCACUUUUCUGUCAGUUUUACGUGGAAACUUUAUGGAACGGAGUUUAUUUUUCCGAUAACAUGAUGGCGUCCGUUCCGAGGCGCCUGAGCGCAGUUUGAAAAUCUUUUCCUGAGGAACGUAGUCACAGCUGAGGCGAUGUUAUUAGCAGCUGGUCGUCUGUCCAAAGCACUGCAGCUCACGCUGGCCAUCAUCAAGCCAGAUGCUGUGGCUCAUCCGCUGAUGUUGCAGGCCCUUCACCGAGUAAUCCUGGAGAAUAACUUCAUUAUUGUGAGAUGUAAAGAUCUGGCGUGGAGAAGAGCUGACUCUGAGAGGUUUUACGCCGAGCAUUCAGGGCGAUUCUUUUAUCAAAGACUGGUUGAGUUCAUGUCAAGCGGACCAAUACGUGCGUAUAUUUUAGCCAAGGAAGAUGCCAUACAACAAUGGAGGGCCUUGAUGGGGCCAACAAAAGUGUUCAGGGCCAGACACGAGUGUCCGGCUUCCGUCAGAGGCCAGUUUGGGCUCACGGACACACGGAACACCACUCAUGGCUCAGAUUCUGUUGAAUCGGCACACCGAGAGAUCAGUUUCUUCUUCCCAGAAUUCUCUGUGGCUGACUGGAUGGAGAAGGAAGAGCCAUCAUUCAGGCAAGGACAGAUACAUUAUGACCAGGAAAAGCAGAUCCACACACUUUCAUCGCCAUGCUGACCCCAGAACAGCCUUUCCUGCUACUGGUUGUCGGCCAUAAUGAGAAUGCUGCACUUUCACAUUUAUUGUACACAGAUGUUUGCGAUGUUGUUGGGGUUCUUUUGUUUUACUUACCUCAGUCCAUAAAACUGCCACAGUAUAUUUGUGUUAAUAAAAUACAACCAGACAC